AUGCCAGAAUUCCCUCCAUUGAAGAAUGACUUGAUACUUAGAGCAGCCAAGGGUGAAAAGGUGGAAAGACCACCGAUCUGGAUCAUGAGACAAGCUGGUCGUUAUUUGCCAGAAUACCACAAAGUCAAAGGUAAUAGAGAUUUUUUCGAAACUUGCCAGGAUGCAGAAAUUGCAUCAGAAAUCACCAUUCAGCCUGUUGACCACUUUGACGGCUUAAUCGAUGCAGCCAUCAUCUUCAGCGAUAUCUUAGUCAUCCCCCAAGCAAUGGGUUUCGAAAUCAACAUGGUUGAAGGAAAAGGUCCGGUUUUCGCUGCUCCAUUAAGAACCCCAGACGAUUUAUCGAGAAUAGAUUUGAAGCCAGACGUAAAUACCAAAUUGGCAUGGGCAUACAAGGCUAUUACAUUGACAAGAACCAAAUUGAACGGCAGAGUUCCACUUUUAGGGUUUGUUGGUGCACCUUGGACGUUGUUGGUGUAUAUGACCGAGGGCCAAGGAUCAAAAAUGUUUAGGUUUGCCAAAGAAUGGAUCUUCAAGUACCCAGAAGCUGCUCACAAACUCUUGCAAGCUACCUGUGACGCCUGUGUUGAAUUUUUGGCGCAACAAGUCGUCGCUGGUGCUCAAAUGGUACAGAUUUUCGAAUCAUGGGCCGGCGAAUUAGGACCAGACGAUUUCAAUGAGUUUUCAUUACCUUAUUUGAAACAAAUUGCCGCAAAAUUGCCUCCAAGAUUGAAAGAAUUGGGUGUGGAAGAGUACAUUCCAAUGACCGUCUUUGCCAAAGGCGCAUGGUACGCGUUAGAUGAUUUAUGUGAUUCUGGCUACGACUGUGUGUCCCUUGAUUGGUUAUACGACCCCAAAAACGCUGUUAAAGUUGUCAACGGAAGAAGAAUCACCUUACAAGGUAACUUAGACCCAGGUGUCAUGUAUGGAUCAGACAAAGUAAUUGCUAAGAAAGUCAAAACAAUGUUGGAAGGGUUUGGUAAGCAAAAUUACAUUAUCAAUUUCGGGCACGGCACUCACCCAUUUAUGGACCCAAAGAAAAUAGAAUUCUUCUUACAGCAAUGCCAUAAAGUUGGCGAAUCAUUAUAG